AUGGCGGACGCUCUUGCGCUCAUGUCUGAGCUGCCGGGCGCCUUGUACGGCAUGCUAUCGGCGAUGUCGUUGCCGGCGUUGCUGGCCCUCAUGACAGGCAGCCUGCUGCUCAUGGUGGCGGGGGCCUAUGUGAUUCUGUGUCAGGCGGCACCUCUGCCGCGGCUGUCGCUGCCGUCGGAAAAGACGUACCGGACGAGCGAUAGGGCGGGCGUUGCGGUGACGCGCCAGCUGCCCUGCUGGUACGACAAAUGGCUGGCAGAGCGGCAUCUGGCGGCGGGUGAGACGGCGGGCGAGACGACAGACAGCGGCUACGACCUGAAUGCGAUCGAGCCGGCCGAGGUGGCACUGACGGUGGUGGUGCCGGCCUAUAACGAGGCGCUGCGGAUCCUGCCGGCGCUGGAGGAAAUGGUCGAGUACUGCGACCGGCGGUUUGGCCGAACAGCUGCUGCUGCAGACAAGACGGCCAGCGGGGUCGUUUUGGCACCGACGACCGGCUAUGAGAUCCUCAUCAUCGACGACGCCAGCUCGGACGGGACGGCCGAGGUGGUACUGGACUACGGGCAGCAGCACGGGCUGCACGACGUAUUGCGAGUGAUCCGGCUGGCGCGCAACCGCGGCAAAGGCGGUGGGGUGACGCAUGGGUUCCGACACGCGCGAGGCAUGCACAUUGUGUUUGCCGACGCAGACGGAGCGUCGCGGUUCGGCGACCUCGACCGCCUGCUCGAGGGCUGCGCCAUGGUGGUGGACGCGUCGGGUCGCGGCGUCGCUAUCGGCAGCCGGGCACACCUUGUGGGCAGCGAGGCGGUGGUGCGGCGGUCGGCGCUGCGCAAUUUCUUGAUGAAGUCGUUCCACUUUGUGCUCACGAUCCUGACGCCGCCGGCAACGUCGCGCAUCCGCGACACCCAGUGCGGCUUCAAGCUCUUCAGUCGGCCGGCGCUGCCGCACAUUGUGCCCUACAUGCACACCGAGGGCUGGAUCUUCGACAUUGAGAUGCUCAUGCUGGCCGAAUCGGCGCCGGCCACGCCGGUCGUGGCCCAUGAUGGCACCGUCAUCGGCACCAGUCCCGGCAUCAAGGUGGCUGAGGUGCCCAUCCACUGGCACGAGGUCGACGGGAGCAAGAUGAACCUCGUCCAGGACAGCAUCCGCAUGGCUAUCGGCCUGACCGUGCUGCGCGCUAGCUGGAUGUUGGGCGUCUACCGUCGACGGCUGGCGUGA